AAACUAGUAAAUAUUUGUUUGCAUUGCGUCUUGAGCCUCCUUGUGUCCACCCCCGUCCUGGCCGAGGAAUGGUAUCGUCCAAAGAUGGCGGCCUCCGUGUGGAAGCGGUGUGUGACUUUAGCUGUCAAAGUGAAACGUUUUUCGCCCUCCUCUCCAGCCAGAAGGUGGCUGCUUUCGGCAGCCUAUACAGACACCAAAGUCUGGGAGGCCAUAGAGAAGGACCCCCAGAACCUGGCUUUACUGGCUUCCACUAUGGACCGGACGUAUGAGAGGAACCUCCCAGUCAGCUCUCUGACUAUAUCCCGGUUUGUUGACAACAUAUCGUCCAGGGAGGAGAUAGAUCAGGCAGAGUACUACCUUUACAAGUUUCGUCACAGUCCAAAUUGUUGGUACCUCAAAGACUGGACCAUUCACAGCUGGAUCAGACAGUGUCUGAAAUAUGGGGCCAAGGAGAAAGCCGUGUACACACUUAGAAACAAGGUCCAGUAUGGAAUUUUCCCAGACAACUUCACCUUCAACCUGCUCAUAGAUUCUUACAUUAAAGAUGGAGACUUUAAAGGUGCCUGCUCUGUGGUCGAGGAGGUGAUGCUUCAGGAAGCCGUGGACCUUCCCUCCACACAGGUCCUCUCUCUGUACGCGCUGGGCAGUUACCUAGCAACCAGACCUCAGCUCACUGUGUCCGAGCAGCGGGCCUUAGGGGCAUCACUGCUCAUCUUUGGACUGAAGCAGGACAAUUCUGUGGGCCUCAGUGCGCAGCUACUUGGCAACGCGCUCCUAGGCAAAGUGGAGAAUUUAAAGGGUAUACAUGCCGUGUUCAAAGGGAUGCCUCUCUUCUGGGGCCACGGAUAUCUGGACCGAGCUCUUGCUGUCAUGGAGACGGUGGUGACCAGUACUGGUGACGCCAAACUGUCCAAAGACACACUGAGCUACAUGAAUGACCUGCUGCAGGAGCUGUCUGCAGAUUCUGACUCGUCUGGGGAAGAAUCAGGAGGCGAGGAGGAGGAGGAGGAGAAGAAAGAAGACCCCAUAGACGAAGAAGAUCAGGCCGAGCGAGAAAAACUCCCUCAAUAUGCCAGCAGAUUUAAGGAGCUGAGCAGCCAACUGGAGUCUCGGGGGAAGGUGGAUUCGUCAUCCUUCCAGGCUUUAGUGUCCGCUCUGGCCCAACAGAACCUGGCUGCGGCGGAGGAGGCCGACCUGGAGCGGUACGCGACCCAGGUGCAGGCAUGGGAGGCCGAGAAGAGGCAGCUGGUCCAGAGAGAGCAGGAGCUGAGGGAGAAGGCCGAGCAGGAGAAACAGAGGCGCUUGGCUGCCAGGGCUGCAGCUCAGCAGGCGUGAAGGCAGCGAGGGAGGAGGUGAAUUUGCAUCACGGAACUUUCAGCUGCGUGUGACGGCGUAGGACCAUAAGGAGCGAGGGUUAAGAACUGUCACCAUUUCAAUUCUGCUGCAGUCCCAGGUUUUGUAAAUAUCAUGUCUGCGAGAAUGAUUGUCAAUAAAACUAAUGUUCAUUUUCA